GUCACGGUGAGCGGACGGAGGGUAAACACUAUUACUGAAAAUAUUUUAAAGCAAUAUUACGUUUGCAAGACAAUACAGCGAUACAGUUCACGGCAUAUUACCGCAGUCUGCUUAGCGUCUGGAGUGUGGCAGGCCUUUGACAGGUGUUGGCUGCUUGACGGUGUGACGGGAACUGCAGUGUUGGCAGUGGCACCAUGAGGCUGAGGCGACUGUGGGUGCGGCACCAGGGCAAGCUGCUGGCACUGGGGAUCCUGGCACUCCUUGUCAUCCUGGCCUCGUCUCCGACACCCCUCAGGGACCUGGUGAAGAGGGAGGAGGAGGGGGUAGUAGUGGUUAGAGGAGAGAGGAAGAAAGAUUACCAUGACCAUGAUUACCUGCGGGUGGAAAGCAGACAGAAGGGCCCAGGAGAGAUGGGUAUUGCUGCCUCACUCCCUGCCAGCCUUGACAGGGAGAAGGAUGACCUGUACAAGGUUAACGGAUUCAACGCCAGGCUGUCAGAUGAGAUAGCACUCAACCGUUCGCUAAAGGACAUUCGACAUCCGAAGUGCAAGGAGAAGCUGUACCUGGCAAACCUUCCGACAGCCGCAGUGGUUGUGCCCUUCCACAAUGAACACUGGACAACUCUUCUUCGCACUGCUGUCUCCGCCUACAAUCGCUCCCCCAAACACCUGCUGAAGGAGAUAAUUUUGGUGGAUGAUGCAAGUACUAAAGAUUUCCUGGGCAGAAAACUGGAUGAAUACCUGGCGACCCACCUGCCCAUCGCCCGGGUGGUGCGGCUGCCUGAGCGCUGGGGCCUUAUCCGUGCCAGGCUGGAGGGGGCCAAGCAUGCCACUGCCGACGUGCUUAUCUUCCUCGACUCUCACACCGAGUGCACGACCAACUGGCUGCCUCCUCUCCUGGACCCCAUCGCGCAGGACUACAAGACAGCCGUGUGUCCCUUCAUUGAUGUGAUAGACUUUGAGACCUUCGAGUACCGGGCGCAGGACGAGGGGCGGCGAGGGGCCUUCGACUGGGAGUUUUACUACAAGCGGCUCCCGGUGCUGCCCGAGGAUGAGAAGAACAUGCCGGAGCCCUUCAAGAGUCCGGUAAUGGCAGGAGGACUGUUUGCCAUCUCCUCCAAGUUCUUCUGGGAGCUGGGUGGCUAUGACCCUGGCCUGGACAUCUGGGGGGGUGAGCAGUACGAGCUGUCCUUCAAGAUCUGGCAGUGUCACGGUACCAUGCUGGACGCCCCCUGCUCCAGGAUAGGGCACAUAUACCGCAAGUUUGCCCCCUUCCCCAACCCACGCAAGGGAAACUUUAUUGCAAGGAAUUAUCGCAGGGUAGCAGAGGUGUGGAUGGAUGAAUACAAACAAUACUUAUACAUGCGACAACCUGGCUGGCUAAAGGUGGGCACAGGUGACCUCAGCGAUCAGUUAGCCGUCAGGGAGAGGAACAAGUGCAAAUCGUUCAAGUGGUUCAUGGAAAAUAUUGCCUUUGACCUCACCAAGCACUACCCCCUUGUGGAGCCCCCUGACUACUGCAAUGGAACGAUCCAGAGUGUGGCGGAGCCCAAGCUGUGUGUGGACUCCAAGCUGAAGGGGCAGUUUGACCGCCUGGACUCCCUGGGGCAGUGUGGCCAAAGCUCUCAGUUUAUGUUCCAGCUCACGGCAUACAAGGACUUGCGACCCCUAAAGAGCCACAACUGUUUUGACGUGCCAGACCUGAAGGGAGAGAGGGCCCCGGUGCUUCUCUUCGGCUGCCACAAAGGGCUCGGCAACCAAAUGUGGAAGUACGAUGUGGACAACCAGAUGAUAAGGUUCGGCCACUACGGGACCCACUGUCUUGACGCCAGCGUGGGCAACAAGGAGGUGUACGUGGCCCUGUGCGACGCCACCUCCAUGACGCAGAAGUGGAAGUGGAGCUAUUUGAAUGAAGAAAGACUCAGAAAUUACGACAACUUGGAUCCUAAGCCAUAGUGUGUGUGUGUGUGUGUGUGUGUGUGUGUGUGUGUGUUUUUUUUUUUUUUUUUUUUUUUUUUUUUUUUUUAUAUCAAUGGGCACUGGUGAAGGGUGAUGAAGUGAGGGAAAGGGAAAAGAAAGGGUUCAUUGAGGUGCCAGUCCGUGAAGAUAUGUCAAGUGUUUGUGUGUGUGUGUGUGUGUGUGUGUGUGUGUGUGUGUGUGUGUGUGUGUGUUGGGGUAAAUAUCUGGAACGCGGACCAUAUGUUUAAUUUGUUUGGUGUGUGUGUGUGUGUGUGUGUGUGUGUGUGUGUGUGUGUGUGUGUGUGUGUGUGUGUGUGUUUCAAGCUGUGUCAUUGCUUAAGUUCACACACACACACACACACACACACACACAGAGAGAGAGAGAGAGAGAGAGGGGGGGGGAUAUCAUAGUUUAUGUUCUAGUAUAUUAUGUAUAUUUUUGUGGCAGGAAGAGAGCGAGGGGUAUCACUUCAGCUUAUAUGCUCUCUAUAGUGUAUUUGUAUAUUUUUGAGAAAGCAGGAGAAGAAACUCGCACAUACAUUUUUUUAUAGUAUAUAUGUAUAUUUAUUAGUGUAGAAAGUAAGAGAGAGAGAGAGAAAUACAGGGAACAAGAAAAUGCAUUUAUUUUUGAAACAAUACCGUAAAGAAAUAUAAUAAUAAUAAUAAUAAUAAUAAUAAUAAUAAUAAUAAUAAUAAUUGAUGAUAAAGUAUGUAAGGGAAGAAAAUAAAUCAACAUUACAAGAUCUGGAAAAAAAAAUACACAGGAUAAAAUAAAAUAUAAUAAUAGUGAGGAUGGAUGAUGAAAACACUAAAUAAAAAUAAAUAAAAGAUAGGACAUUUUCGUUAGAGAUAAACAGUAUGAAUAUAAAGAAAACAAUAAGAAAUUAUAAUAAUAGACUUCUUUAAGAUGGCGUGACAAUCAUAAUGUGAGUUUGUGUGUGUGUGUGUGUUUGUGUGCUUUUUAUAAACGCCUUAUUAACUUGAUUAUAGAACACAAUUGGUGCCUUGUGUGUGUGUGCGUGUGUGAUCAUUAGUGAUUUUCUAUUUGAACGUUAUGUAUUAGUAAUGACAGUUGUGGUAGUGGUGAUAGUAGUAGUAGUAGCAGCAGUAGUGGUGAUACAUUAAUGAAUUGGUGUAUUUUUUGUUAUUAGAAAAAAUAUUGGUGUGUUUGUGUUUGCGUGUGUUUGUGUGUCAGACUGUCACCUCAGAUAAUCUAUUUUCAAAGAGUGAAUAAUUAAACUUUCAUCACAGUCGUUAUAUAUAUAUUAUUUUUUCCCCCAAUAUAUUCUGUUCAGUGAGUUUGCUCAGAAAAUAAACUGAUUUUUGGCUA